AUGCGCCGAAGCCCACGGACGCUCCGACGGAUGCGCCAAAGCCCACGGACACUCCGGGCGAUUGUUCUUAUCACUCCGGCACCUACCGAGACCAAGUCGCCGAUCCUCGACAACCUUCUUGGCAAGACCGACUCGGUGGCCACGACGGCGCCAUUGGAAGAUGCGCUCUUGUCCAAGGAGACGCCGGCGCCGACGACAAUUCCAGCGGUUGUGACGAUCAACCCCGAUGAUCUCAACAAGCUCAAGGACCUCAACAACCUCGGCACGACCGCCCCCCCGUCGUCCGGGUCGAGCUCGGGUUCCAAGGCCGUUGCGAACGACCAUAGCGAGAACAAGAACCGCGGCAAGGCAGGGUCGGACGUGACGGUCGCCGACUCCAAGCGCGAUGUCACGACCGGGUCCGAGUCGGCGGCCGAGCAAACCGUGCGCUACACGGCAUCGGCGGUCGUCGGUAUCACGGUCGUCAUCCUCGCGUUCUUCCAGUUCCUCGCAAUGAACCCGUCGUACAUUGCGGGCGAGACAGCCAGCGAGCGCCUUCUCGCGCCCAACGCGUGGGAGCUCCCGCUCUUCGUCUCGUUUGUGCAGCAAGCCAGCGCGCUCGCACUCGCACGCAACGCCAAGGUGCCGCAGCUCUUCUACACCAACUUCUUGGACUCGCUCUCGUGGCUGGCCUUUCUCAUCCGCGGCAGCGCGCCGACCAAGGCGGGCACCGCCGCGGUCUCGAGCGUCCAGCUGGUCGGCCAUCGCCAGCUCGCCGAGUACGAUGCGAUUGGUUUUGUGCAAUUUGCAGUCCGCUCCGACGUCCGGGAACGCGACUGGUUUCUCCGCGUCUGGGUCGCCUUGCUCAUCGUGCUCGCGAUCCUCCUCGUGUGCGUCAUUGCGACCGCGCUCUUUGCCAAGUGGGCGUCCCAGCGCGGCAACCCGUUCCACACCGAGACGUCGGACUCGCACAAGCGCAGCGUGAACCUCCGGUCCAUCUCGCGCCGCCUCCUCGGCAUGUGUGUCAUCGUCAUGUACCUUGUGCUCUUGCCAUUGACGAUGAUCGCGCUCUUUGAGCUUCUCCAAGACGCGUCGACCUCGGGCUUCCCGCACGGCAAUGCGAUUCUCGCGCUCGUCACGUUGGUGCUCGUCGUCGCGCUGCUUACGUACGGCAUGGUGUCGCUCUACCGCUUGACCGAGGCCGGUCUCUCCAAGUGGCAGACGCGCGUCGUCUUUGGCGUGCUCUACUCGUCGUACACGUACAGCUGCCGGCUCUUUUUCGCCGCGCCCGCGCUCGUGCAGAUUGCCACGGGGGUCGUCAUCGCGUCGGUGACGACGGACCCGCUCACGCAGCUUCUUCUCUUGAUCGCCUUGCACUUGGUGUACGUCGGUGCCCUGGUGGCGCUUCGACCGUGCGAGUGCUCGGUGCACUUUGGCUUUGUCCUCGGCGCCGAGGCCAUGAUCGUGCUGAUUUAUGGGAUCGCUGCCGGCAUGACGGACGCGUCGCUCUCGGUCGAGACGCAAAAGACGCUGUCGUAUGUCAUUCUCAUCUUGCUCUGCGUCGCGUUUGUCGGUAUGUUUGUGCGCCAAUUGUUCCUCCUCUGGACGUACUCGUCGGGCUGGGCCAAGGAAGGCAACGAGUCGUACUCGGGCCUCCCGACGCUGCACGACCACGACAUGAUGGAGAGCGGGCCUGGCCAGUACACGAUCUCGCUGAAGGGCUCCGACUUGAACAGCUCGCGCGGCUACGACUCGCAGCAAACCGACAGCCCGACCAAUACCAUUCGGAUCGUGGACGGCCACAAGCAGAUCCAGAUCUAA